AGUAUUUGAACGCGCAUGCGGUCAAGUACUUGGUUACGGUUGUCUGUGAAAGCUGAAAAAAAAUCUUUGCAGAUAGAUUUAUUUAUAUAGGAAAAUAUGGCAGAACAAGAAGAACAGAAGAAAGAGCCAGAAUCAAAGAGAGUUCACACAUACCCUUUAAUCCGACACUCAGACAUGAAUGACGAAAUGAAGACAGAGGCAAUGGAACUGUGUGUAACAGCAUGCGAAAAAUUUGCAUCCAACAAUGAGAAUGCAGCACGUAUGAUAAAGGAGACAAUGGAUAAAAAGUUUGGUGCUUCUUGGCAUGCAGUUGUUGGAGAAGGAUACGGUUUUGAAAUCACACAUGAAGUGAAAAACUUACUUUAUAUGUUUUUUGGAGGAAAUAUGGCCAUUAUUGUUUGGAAGUGUUCUUGAAAAGUAGAUGCCUUAAUGUAUAGUUUCAUUGUCAAUUUGACUUUCCAAUAUAUUUUUAAAAUGCAGCAAUAUAUCUGCCAACAACAUAACAACCUAGGACAGCGACAAUAAAAAGUCUGUGAUAUAAAAACAUCUCUGAAACAUUAAGAGACCAAGCUGCACAUUCAGUUACCUUAAUGCCUUCUUUCUUUAUCUUGUUGCCUUCAGUUCCCUUUUUUUUUUACCAUAUUGUGCAUUAAAGCAUGUUGCUGAAGUGCUGAUUAUUU